AUGGUGUUAUUGCAUCUCGACAGCUUGGGAUUCAGAAUAAACAGGGAAAAGAGCCGCUUAGAGCCAGCCCAGCACACAGAAUAUCUAGGACUCAGUAUAAACUCCCUCUCUUAUCGAGUCACUCUGACAGAGAGGAGGAUCGCGUCAUUCACUCAGUGUCUCUCCCGUUUUCAGACGGGGAAAAUUGUCCCGUUCAGACUGUGCCUACGAAUGCUGGGUUUAAUGGCUUCAGUGAUAUCUGUAGUACGGCUGGGACUACUAAUAAUGAGAGACUUUCAGCACUGGGUCGCGCAUCUGCGUCUGUGUUCUCGGCGUCAUCUCAACCGACAGGUGAGAGUGACUUAUGUGUGCGUCAGAGCGCUCAGACAUUGGAAAAGCCCUGCGACCCUCAGAUCGGGGAUUCCCUGGGGGGGCAGUGUCGUCGAGAGUCACUAUGACGAUGGACGCAUCAUUGAAGGGCUGGGGAGCGACUCUGAUGGGCAGAGCUGUGAACGGCGUUUGGCCUCCUCAGCUAAUUCACAAACACAUAAAUUACUUGGAAUUGUUGGCAGUGUUUCUAGCGCUGAAACAUUUUCUGAGCUUCAUCAGGGGUCAGCAUGUUUUAGUGAAAACAGACAAUUCAACAGUGGUUGCUUAUAUCAACCGACAGGGAGGCACGCGCUCUCUUCAGCUGCACCAGCUGGCAAAAGAGCUGAUUGUGUGGUGCGACAUAAGGCUUUUAUCCAUCAGGGCAACCCAUGUUACAGGGAUAUUGAACAGGGGGGCAGAUUUAUUGUCCAGAGGAAAUCCCCUGUACGGAGAUUGGAAGCUUCAUCCCCAGGUGGUGAAGCAGAUAUGGCAGAGAUACGGCCAGGCGGUCGUAGAUCUCUUCGCCUCGCAGGAAAACGCUCAAUGUCCUCUGUACUUCUCUCUGGCAGACGGAAAUGCACCAUUGGGUGUGGAUGCUUUAGCCCACCCAUGGCCAAAUGUCCUGCUGUAUGCAUUUCCCCCUCUGAGCCUGAUUUUACCCACUCUAGCCAGGGUGAGGGAAAUGGGAUUGUCGCUGAUACUGAUAGCCCCACGUUGGCCAUCCAGACCUUGGGUGGCCGAGAUAGUUAAACUACUGUCGGGUCAGCCGUGGCCCCUCCCUCCCCGGAGGGACCUCCUGUCUCA